UGUUCAAAAACCAAUAUGGCCGCCGAAACAGCAGCAAAUCUGUUUGCUCGUCUUGUACGCAAGGGAUUGUUGGAUGGGCUGGAUAAGAAACUGUUCCGAAGUAUGCCUCGCCCCAUCCAGGUGAAGGACGUCAUUGAACUGUAUGGGGAUUCAGGCUCUGGAAAAACACAAAUAUUGCUACACUUGAUCGCCAACUGCAUUUUACCAAAAUCAUGGAACGGCAUAGAGCUUGGAGGGCGAGAUGUUGGCGUAAUAUUUGUAGAUACGGAUUUUCAUUUCUUUAUACUUCGUCUCGUUGAAAUAUUAAAAGAACGCAUCAAGUCCUGUAUUUCGGAUAGAACUUUGCCAAUGGCAAGCGUUGCCGACAUGCAAGCGCUGAUUGAAUCAUGCCUUUCCCGUCUGAUUGUCGCAAAAUGCAGCUCCACUGAGGAGCUGCUGGAGACUGUGAGGAAUUUGGAAAAAAUCCUCAGGGAGAGAACCGAUAUUUGCGUGAUGAUGAUUGACAGUAUCAGCGCCUUCUAUUGGCUGGACAAAAGUGCCGGUGGUCACAAUUAUUACGACCAAGAAAAACAUCAAAGGAGGCUUAUAGGGCUGCUAAGACGUUAUGUCGAUAACUACUUCAUUGUCAUCAUCGCAACAGUACCAACUGUCUACCGCAAAGAUCUUAGAUUUGUACAACGAAUGGAAGACUAUAUAUACAUGUGUCGAAUGUGGAAAUCGUUUGUGAAAAUUGCAUACGUAGUCUCACGUACGACAGAUAAGAAUUCGACCUUUCUUUUAAAACAGAUCAGGCCGUGGGUUGGAAACGCUACUGUUAACUUUGUUAUUGACGGAAGUGGUGUGCACUGUUGAUGCUUCAGAGUUCAUGCACUGAUUCGACACUACAACUGUCGCGUGUGAAAAUGUUCGCAGCAUUCAUGGUUGAAAAAAACAAUAAACAAAUUUGAAAUCGUUAUCAACUUCACCAAACAGCUUAAGAGCGAGUUUUUGUAGGUUUUUAUUUCGUUAGUGGUUAUGAUAUUCGUUAAGUAAACAAAACAAUUCUGAAGAGUGAAGUUUUAAAAACCGAGGGUGCAUGCAUGAGAAGGGUGUAUCCUUUUCAACAUUGGCAAAUGACUUGUCCAUAAGGUUCAGUCUCAACAGACAACAGUUAAAGCAACCUCGUACCGAGGGUCUUUUACCCUCCGCUCCACGGCCACGAAACUACCCUGGGUACGAGGUUGCAAUUAAUCUAGUUUGCUUUUGGCAACAUUUUGGUAAGUCACUUGUAAGUUGUAACUGCCUAAUUUUUUCUAAUUUAGAUUACAAGAACAAAGCAGUAUACAUUCAUAUUAUAGAUAUUAUAUUGUACAAACAUACGUAUACAUAUACAUCUAUAUUGGACGUGCAA